AUGGAAAACAAAACAAGGCUCCGCAAGGCGUGCGAUGCCUGCAGUAUUCGCAAGGUGAAGUGUGACGAGAGCGGACCGCCCUGUCGGUCUUGCGCCAGCUUGGACAUCCCUUGCACUUACGAGCGACCCAGUCGCCGCCGGGGCCCUCCGAAUCGCCAUGCCGAAGCGUUGAAGAAACAGAAAAUCGCCUCGCCGGCGAGCGACUCGCAGAGUCCUCCGGACCAGACCAUCCUGGUCCCCGCAAUGGUGACGCCCUCAUUCACCGCGGUUCCUCCCCCGGCGUCGGCGGAGGCGAUCUGUUCCCUGUCGACCAUGCAGUUGCUGCUCGACGACUACUUCACCUACAUCCAUCCGUUAGUCCCUAUCCCCCAUGAGCCGACCUUCCGAGCCGCCUUUGAACGGCGUGAGGACUUGACAAACCACACCUUUCUGGCUCUGCUGGCCGCGAUGGUUGGCGUUCUGGUGGCGUCCUUCCCCCGGCGACCUAGGCUGCGGCUGACCACCGAAGCCGAGAAGGCCGCCUAUCCGCAUUCUGUGGCGCUGGUGAAACGGUGUCAGCAAGUGGCCCUCCGCGCGCGGGGCACCGACUACCUCGACCGCAACGCGACGGUGUAUGACGCCUCGAUCAGCUAUCUGCUGGGCUUGUCCUUGGCCUACGUGUACGACAUGCGCCGGCUUCGCAUGUACAUGGCGGAAUGUCGUACCAUGUUGCAGGUCUACGACCUCUGCCGCCAGCAUACGUCGAUGCCCUCGCUGGGCCCUACCAGCCCGCUGUCCUCCUCGUCCAGCUUGUCGCAAGGGCCGACCAGCGGCUCGCGCGACGGCCCCGUGAAUCUGAUCGAGCAGGAAAUUGCGCGCCGCCUCUUCUACGUCUCUAUUGUCGGCUACCACACUUUGCAGCAGUUGGGUUCCGCCGACAGCCGGCUGUAUUUGCCGCCAGAGACCCCCUCCGAACGGUAUCCCCCUUUACCUCUAGAGGUUGACGACGAAUACAUCUUUGCCACCCAUAUCGGAAUGCAGCCUGCAGGGGUUGUCUCACGGAUGGUCGGCUUCAACGCCAACGUGCGAGUCUUCACCUCAUACAAUACCCUGACGUCGUGGGAGGUGGCGUACGGCAUCGGCCAGAUCUUCGACUGGGAGCGGCAACGGAAAAUGGUCUGGGAAUGCCUGGAGAGGACCAAAAGGGCCCUGAACGAUGUCCCGCCCGAACUUCAGCUCCAACCGAGCCAUGACCCGUAUCAAGUGGCCCAGGCGCAGGCGCCGAACGAGGACACGUGGACCCGAGAACGCCGGCAUGUCCAAUACGAGAUCGAAAAGGCAAACAUCUACGCGAGCCAGCUCUUCACGCGCUCCUUUCUUGUAGACAAGUACUGGAGUCUCUUUGACGCGUUCCGCCAGCAGCAUAUCACCGCCAACCAGCAAUGUUCUGCCCCGCCAGCAACCACGUCAAAGCAUGACACAGACGCCAUGAAUGUACCAACGGCCGAGCAGCACGCGAGAGAAGAUCCCAUCGGACAAAUCAUGGCCCAAGAGCGACGUCUUGUUGUCGGGGACCUGCUCCUCCUUCUACAAUCAGUCAACGAGGUGAACAUGGAGCCCAACGCCUCGAGUUUUACGUAUAAAGUCCGGCAGAUCGCAACCACACUGCUCAACUCGUCGCACCCCGAUCUUCUUGAGACCGCGGCGCCCGAGAACCCAGCGGCCGGCCCGCAGAUCAUCGGCUUCCACGAAGCAGAGCAGUACCUGCACGCUUUUAUCGACACGCUGAUGCGCUUGGAACGGCUCACGGCACCGGUGCCCGCGCCCGAAACCUCUAUUGCGAGUCCGCAGAUUGACGGGCGGGCAAUGAGCUACCGUAGCGACCAGGGUCGCGACGACGAGGAACUCCUCCAGUGGGCUAGUUUGAAGGAGUGUCAGAUGAAAUUUGCCGAGGCGGGCGGGGUCUUCACUCAGCUAUAA